ACCAAGUUGCAAAACAAGAUGUCUAAGUGUGAGCUCAUCGAACUGAAGGACCUCAGCCUAAGUGAUCGUAUUGAGCUGGCGACCCCAAAGGCCCACACGGGCCCCCAACCCCACCCCUCAGAGCAACCCCGCCAGUACCAUGUUGUCCGCCUGGUCGGAGACAGCGUCAGCGUCGAGGGACCCCUGGGUCACACGGGAGAGGCUGGCGAGGGUCACGACUUCCAGCCUUCCAGCCACACCAACCUCACGUGGUGUGACCUGUGUGGAGACUUCAUCUGGGGUCUUUAUAAGCAGAGUUUACACUGUGCCAACUGCAGAUAUACCUGUCACUACCGCUGCCGGCCCUUCAUCCAGCUGGACUGCAACAAAGACAGCGGUCUGUCUGCAGACCCGGUGGAUUCCCCCGUCGACACCAUAGAGACAGAUACGAACGUGGAUGAGCAAAUUGAUUGGGGCAAACAAGAGCUGACUGCUGGUGAGAUACAACAAAAGGUUAAGGAAUAUAAUGCUCAAAUCAACUCCAAUCUCUACAUGGUAAAUAAUAAGGACGGCUCGUACACCGGUUUCAUCAAGGUCCAGUUUCAGCUGGCCCGACCCAUCUCUCUCCCGCCACCUGCGAAGCUUUCUUUUACGAAUGAAGGAGGCCAACAGGAGGGUAGAAUGAGACGUCGUACAUCUUUCUACCUCCCCAAGGACACCGCCAAGCACUUGCACAUAAGCUCCUGCACACGGGCACGAGAGGUCAUAGAGGCGCUGCUCAAAAAGUUCACCGUCGUGGACAACCCGGCCAAGUUUGCUCUGUUUGAGCGCACUGAACGACACGGGCAAGCAUACCUUCGAAAAAUGUCUGACGAUGAGUGUCCCCUUCACCUGCGUCUGUGUGCUGGCCCCAGUGAAAAAGUCCUGAGCCUGGUUUUGAAAGAGAAUGAAACGGGGGAUGUUAAUUGGGAUGCGUUUAGCCUUCCUGAGUUGUGCAACUUUCUGCGAAUCCUUCAGCGUGAGGAAGAGGAGCAUGUCCGGCAGAUAGUGAAGCGCUAUUCUCUAGCCAGGGACAAGAUGAAGCAGGCCAUGGCAAAGAUCACUACAUCUGGUUAA